UACCUCUCUUGAUCAAUUCUCUCUCUCUCUCUAUAUAUAUAUAAUACACUUAUACUUUGUGGCUCUCGCUUUCUGUGAUUCAAUCCAUAGCACAACAACCCAAAAGAAUCAAAACCCUCAAUCCCUAAUCAAGAAUUAAGUCCGAAUUGCAUCAAUCCAUUGAUUCAAAUGUUCAUUUGUGGGAGUGGAAGCUUUGGCCAUGAAGACGAAGAGGAACUGUACGGCAGUCCAAGCCCCACGCCGAAGCGAUCUAAGAGGACGACGAGCUUCUGCAAGAUAAUCGGCAGGGACAGUUCGAACAAGAACCCUUAUGCCGAUAGGGGCCUCGACAAGUUCUACGCCCUUCUAGCAGAUCUCGAUGACAAGAAGCAGAAGAUUUACACUCAGAUGGGCUCCGAGGACAUCUCCUUUGUCCGGUUCGUCUACACCAAUGAUUCCGACCAAGUCAAGCCCAUCAUCGUCAAGGUGAAGGAGAAGAAACAAGAAAAGAGCAGUGGGAACAACAAUUCGAUGAUGAUUAAGCAGUCACAAAACAGCAACACCGCAACGACGAAUCAAGCAGCCGCGGAUCAUGCAGCAGAUCAAGAGAAGGUUGCUGCAGAGGGAUCGUCAAAAGAGGAAUCGGGCGAGAAAACGCGUAAGAAGAAGAGGUGCUUGAGAUGCAACGCGAGCUUUAGGCUCGACAACUUGAGGCUGCAGCCGUGGUACUACUUCCCGGUGGUCGUGCUCCUGAUACUGCUGUUUCUAGCGAUAAACGGCCGGUCGUUUGCAAUUCUGUGCACGUCGAUCGGGUGGUAUUUGGUGCCGAGUAUAGUUGGAGGGACCUCAUCUUCAUCAAAUGAUCAGAGGAAACCUAAGAGAAAGAAGGAGUAUGUGAGGAAAUUCAGUGAGAAGAAGAUGAGUGUGCAUAGCGAGGGACCAUCUUCGCCUAAAAGUGUUAUAAAUGGGCUGACGGACAACAAAACUCAGCAGAAACAACAACAGGGCCAUAGGAGAAGCUUCUGAUCAAGAAUUGUUCAUGAACAUGUUAGGGGAUCCUGAUAUUUGAAAUAGUCCAUGUUGUGCACAUGUUCUAUAUUGUACAUUAUCGUAAUUUUGUACGUUUGCGUUUGUAUAAGUGUGAUUGUAGGAAUAAUGUGAUAGAAGAUCUAUCAUGGAACAAGGUUGCGGAAGGCUAUCCUUGUGUCCGAACUUCAGCAGCCUUGAAUUGUAUUUUUGUAGUUCAAUAGUUGAAGGAAGUAUCAUCAUGUUGGUCUUGUUUACUUA